AGUACGCUUUUGUUCGUAGAGAAUAGAUGCCACAAAAUCUCAAUACUCUUGCCCAAAAGUGCCUUCGAAGUCGACGGGAGGAUGUGGUUCUCAAUCACGUGACUCUUGAUUUACCUCCUUGUGGAAGGCGCCAAUGAUCCUCCUCUCCUCUUUCUCCUUUCUCUUCAUUCUUCCACUUCGUUUAUCUUCACUCAUAAUCCCGCGAACAGACCUCCAAGAGACUCGUCCACCUCUCCACGCAACAAUAUUCGCGAGGAAUGACCAGGUACCACCUUGCAGAGAGGACGAGGACCUGUACGACUCCAAAUCCGCACCCGCUCCGUGACUCGUGUCUGAUACCCGCUCCUCGAUCGAUCGGCCUUCCAUCACUUUGUCCGAUGUUCGAGGUUGCUCGGAACGGAAUGAGCUGCGAUUUUCUGGGUUUGUGUCCAAGAUUCAUUCACGCAGACUUCGGUCCUCUCGAACUGCAAUCGCGUCUUGCGAAGACAUCAGCAUUUCGACUUCGAUGCUCGAGGCGUUGGCCUGAACAACAUGGAGCAGUAUUUUGCUGGCUCUCCGGCGGCGUCGCGGGGCGAUCCAAUCAUCGGAACAGACAGAAUGCGAGUGUUUUGGUCGAGCCUUGCCAGGCAGCACAACCUGUCAACUUGCAUGAUUACGUCCCUGUCGCUCCUGCCAGCCAAUGCGGAGCCUCCACAUCAGAGCCUUGCAGCUCUCCAGAUCUAUCCAGUUACGCCUGCCUGCCAGGAUCGAGUCGAUGCAUCCGUGUUGCCUUUCAACAUCCGUCAACACGCCCAGAAUUCUGAAGGCCUACGAUACACGUCGCAUCUCCCGAAAUGCUCUGCGAUGUUUGUAAGUCCAUUAACGUCUUUGCCGAGGAGGCAUGGGGUCCCCAUCAUGCAAACCUCCGCGCCGUUUACCAAGCCGCCGAACAAGGCUGUGAACUG